GUUGAACGUGAUUGGCAAAGACAUUAUUCUAUCCUUGGUACCCUGCCGUUCCGGGAUUACAGUGACGUCACGCUGAUACCCUUGCAUGGAUGAAUGCUAAAGAACUAUAGAGCCACAAAUAAUAGCACAAGCAGAGUCCAUAUCUUGCAAGUCUUACGUUAUCCUUUAAGCCUCCUUCAGCGAACACAACAACAAUUUUUUUUGCACUUAAUGACGCUUAAUUUCAUUUCUUAUCGGGUCCUUUGGGGGGGAUUAUUCAUUCAUAUAAAACAAUCUGCAGCUGGUACCAUCCUAAAGUCUCCCUCCUAUGAGUGAAGUCAUCUAUUAUUGAGCGAAAGGCCGUGCGUGGAAAUGUGUGUAAGACGGUGGAUUUGAAGUUGAAUUGGUUGCAAUCGAUCAAGGGUGAAGAAUAUUGCUGAUGGUAACAAAAGAAGCAGCAAUGUCUUUCUCGCAAUUUGGAUACCCCUACAAUGCAACUUCCCAGUUUUUCGUGUCGGCAAACCCCAGUACGACUUGCUGCGAUUCGAUUUCCAGGUCGGUCUCUGACGGGACAGGCGGCACCCAGACCGCCGCUGCCGCCGCCGCCGCUGCCUCCUUCUGCUGCCCGUCCUAUGAGAACCGGCUCCUGGCGAGCAGCCGGACGGAGCUGAACGCAGCACUGGGGAUGUAUAGCUCACCAUACGCCGCAGCGGCUGCCGCCAGCCAGAACUACGCCAACUACUUCCCCUACAGCACCGACCCAUCCGCUAUCUACUCCACUCUGAAUCCACAGUAUGACAUUAAGGACAGCACAGGCACUUUACACUCUGGCAUCACUCAAACCGCUGCAUACUAUCCAUAUGACCAUUCACUUGGACAGUAUCAAUAUGACAGAUACGGGACAGUGGACUUUAAUGGCACAGCCCGAAGAAAGAACGCAACUCGUGAAACCACCAGCACUCUGAAAACAUGGUUGUAUGAGCAUCGCAAGAACCCCUACCCAACCAAGGGAGAGAAGAUCAUGCUGGCCAUCAUCACCAAAAUGACCCUCACUCAAGUGUCCACUUGGUUCGCCAACGCCAGGAGGAGAUUAAAGAAGGAGAACAAAAUGACCUGGUCACCAAAGAAUAAGGCCACCGAUGACAGGAAGGAUGACUUUAACAAGAGCGAGCAAGAUUGUGUCACCAAAGAUUCUAGUGAUUGCAAGGAGGAGAAGGAUCUGCAUCUGAGUGAUCUGGAUGACAUGGAUGAUGAUGACUGUGACAAGCUGGACAGUGACUGUGAAAAGGUGGCUGCCGAUGACCACGAUCUCCAGAGGGUCAUGGCAGUAUCCGGAGCCCCUCAAAAGAGAGAUUGCAGCUCCGAGCUGCACCUGAGUUUAACUAACAACUUCCACGCGUUCCCCUGCGCCAUCAAAAGUGUCACCACCCUCCCUCCUCUCCCGUCUGACUUCCUGGAUCCUGUGUUGUCCAAGGCACCCUCCUUGACCGGCCCCGCAGGAACAGUGUCCCUGUCUCACUUUGAAGCAUCAGAUAAGCCUCGGAUUUGGUCUCUGGCACGUACGGCGGCUUCCGGGGUCAUACUGAGCCCUCAGCAGCAUGGCUCGGAGCAGAGGACAGGCAACACAACCGGGGACUGCCAGCUCCAGAGCGCCAGGCUUACGGGGGCUCUUACUGGACAUUGUGGGGCCAUGAGAGGCCUCCAUGAAUCUGGCAGUGCCACCAAUACUGAGAGCCCCUUCUCUGAGGGCUCAUCCUUGCACUCAAAAGUCUAUGGGACUGGCAGCUACAGUCACAAGGACAUCCAACUGCACUGUUCAUCCUAUGCUGCACUCCCGGACACAUGUCAGUACUCCACUAUUGAAGGAUUCUCUGGUGGCAAAGCAGAGACACAGUCAACUGACCUGAGUGAAGCCUGCGGGACCGUGCAGGAUGACAAGGUCACUGCGUUUAGACCGGUGAUGAAGAGGUGAAGCAGAUUGCUGUAAGCUGUACCACAAUAAGUAAGGGGACAUUUAUUAUGCACUAACGGACACACUGGCUGAGUAUAGGCCUCAACGUGACACCUGGGAGCUACCUGGCGCUGCUGCAGUGAGAAGCUGUCAAACUGUGGACGUGUCUAUCAUUUUGCACAACUUUGUUUUUAUGGUGUAAAAGACUAUAUGCAAAAAAAAUUCUAGAUGCAAAAGUAUGAGAAUGGCUAAAUAAAAAUGGCCGGUUUUGUGUAUGGCAAUCGUGUAGUGUAGCAAACCUAUUUAUUUCUCUAUGUAUUUAUUAUUUUGUUAUCCUGUCUGUUUGUUUAUUAUCUGAUGUGUUUAUUGGUUGAAUUCCUUUUGAGUAUUUUGUUACAUGUUGCGUUUUACUGUGGCUUCGUGUCAUUUUGCCUGAUGUAAAAGAA